GAAAAAAAAAUGAUAUGAUAAGCAUGCUUGAUCCUUUCGAGGAUCACCGCGGUUUUCAAGUCGGGAUGUGAAGCUAUUUCACUCACAUCUUUGUCUGGACCACGGGCCAGGGAGCUCUAAAGAAAGCUUUAGCGACCGCAGAGGACUGACUCUUAGUCAUGAACUAAGUCGUUGGUCUUUUCAUGUUAAUGCAACAAACCCUAUCCGUAGCGGGUUAACCGCAGGUUAAUGGUAGAACAACCAGUAAUCACUCGAUGCUUCUUUCCAGUUCGCGAUGACUGUUUACACAUCGCAGCAAUCCGUACUUUGAAACGGACCGAUUUACCUUAACCCAUUCGGGAAUUGACCUGAUGGUUAGUCGAGGUAACGGUUAUAGUCUUUGUUGUCGUACUCUAUCCCCUUGUCCGCACGUUCGUUAGUAAUUUGCGUGCAAGUCGCCAAGUUCGGGUUGACUAGACAAUACAGUGACCUGCCUGCCUAGUUGCCCUAUAGGGACAUAUCGUCACUAUCGGUCAAUGAAAGCAAACCGACGAUUUGACUCGUCUACUUUCAUUCACACUUCAAGCUCAGAUACGCCGGAGAGUGAUGAACUCUCAAUCCAGGACAUUGACGUCCAUGGAUCCAAAUCCAUGUCUUUCUUGUUCCACUAGCAAGGCAAGGACAAAAUUCUCACAUGUCCAUUUCGUUAUUACAACCUUCUUUCUUUAUGUCAAAGACAAGAAGCUACGCGCAAAUUCUAAUUGGAUCUCGGUUGUUCUUAACAGCGAUGGCUAUUCAUUCAAGUCUUCGGGUAGCACCACCAGAUUUUCAACAAGGUGGAAAUUCUCGUAUUCCGUAUGUACAUGUUCCUGCGGCUCGGAUGAGUAUAGUAGUUUAUAUUGCAACGGCUAUAAACAGUUUCUUGUUCCCAUUAACAAAACAUCCCCUUUUUCUUCGCUCUUCCGGAACCGGUACAGAAAUUGGUGCUUUUUCUACUUUGUUGACCUUAGUUACUGGGGGUUUUUGGGGAAGGCCUAUGUGGGGUACCUUUCGGGUGUGGGAUGCUCGUUUCACUUCUGUAUUCAUCUUGUUCCUGAUUUACCUGGGUGCACUUCGUUUUCAAAAGCUUCCUGUCGAACCGGCUCCUAUUUUCAUCCGUGCUGGACUGAUCGAUAUACCAAUAAUCAAGUCUUCAGUCAACUGGUGGAAUACAUCGCAUCAACCUGGGAGCAUUAGCCGAUCUGGUACAUCCAUACAUGUUCCUAUGCCCAUUCCAAUAUUGUCCAACUUUGCUAACUUCCCCUUCUCAACCCCUAUCUUAUUCGUUCUGGAAACACGUCUUCCUAUUCCAUCUUUUCUCGAAUCUCCUUUCACUGAAGAAAUAGAAGCUCGAGAAGGAAGAAAAAAACAAACCUAGCU